AUGUUGCGUCCCUGUGACUGUGCACUGCGUUCUCCAACAGUCCAAAGGCGCGUCAUCGCACAUCACCUUGUGUCCGCACCUGAGUCGGCACUUUUGGAAAUGACAUUACUUUCUGGACUUCAAAUAACUUUUUGAAAAGGAAAUAUUUCACUUCCGUUACCAUGGCGCAAAGACAAGAAAGGGAAGUGGAGGUCGCGGAGAGGAGAUAUCGGGGAGUUGGUCGCUGUAAAUGUGCCUUUUGGUUUGCGGUGGGCCACGACGUAGUUGGAGUGUUUAUAUUGCUGACCGGAGUGUUUGCAGACAUUUUCUGCCACGACUUGUUCAUCUAUGCAGGAGCCGUCAUCAUCUUCCUCAGUCUCAUCUGGUGGGUGUUCUGGUUCUCGGGGAACAUCGAGGUGCCAUCUGAGGAACUGGAGGAUGACGUUGGCUUGGUCAAACUAAAGAACAAAGGGAUCAGCGGUGUUGUCAGGAAGGUUUCCAACCGUCUCACUAACGGAAUUAGGAACUCAUUCCGAAGGAACGGGAGGGUCAAGGGAGAGGGGCCCCGAACAACGGAUGGAAAUGUUACCUCUAACCAGCAGCAAGCCCCUGUCACUCUUUCCGUUAUUUAUCAGAACACAUCAGAAGCUUCAUCUAAAGAACUUACCAGACAGACACUGGCAAUAUGAUUUUACAGAGCAUUUUCUCUGGAUUCAAGAUCAGUCUGCAGGAACCUGAAGAUGUAUUGCACACUGUGACUGUGCCAACAAAGCUGAUUAGAGUAAUGAGAUUGAUUGCACUCUGACGCUAUAUAAUUGUUCAUAACAUGGAAUUUGACAGUGUCACUGUAAAUGUAACACAUUAUUUUGUACAAUAACAUAUCUCUGCAUUUCUUUCUAAAGUCAUAUUUUGUGAAUUGUUUAUAAACUAUUUAUAGCAAAAUAAAAUGUACAACA